AUGACUCCCCAGAAGAGAAUGACUCUAAGAAAUACCUCUUUAGUGCUUGAGUUUAUCCUUGUGGGAUUUUCAGAACAAGCAGAGCUCCAGCUGCCCCUCUUCCUUCUGUUCUUAGGGAUCUAUAUGUUCACUGUGGUGGGCAACUUGGGCUUGAUGAUGUUAAUUGCACUGAAUUCCACCCUUCAUACCCCAAUGUACUUUUUCCUCUUCGACUUGUCCUUUAUAGAUCUCUGCUAUUCCUGUGUAUUUACCCCUAAAAUGCUGAGUGAUUUUGCAUCAGGAAAUACCAUCUCUUAUGUGGGAUGCAUGACUCAACUAUUUUUCUUCUGUUUCUUUGUCAACUCUGAGUGCUAUGUGUUGGUGUCGAUGGCCUGUGAUCGCUACGUGGCCAUCUGCAAUCCUCUGCGGUACACAGUCACCAUGUCCCCUCAGGUGUGUUCUGUGCUGGUGUCUGGUUCAUAUGUGAUGGGAUUUGCUGGGGCCAUGGCCCACACUGGAAACAUGCUGAGACUGACCUUCUGUGAUUCCAACAUCAUCAACCAUUAUCUGUGUGAAGUCCUCCCUCUCUUGCAGCUCUCCUGCAGCAGCACACGUAUCAAUGAGCUGGUGUUUUUUAUUGUUGUUGGAGUCAUCAUCACAAUAUCCAGUAUCAGCAUCUUCAUCUCAUAUGCUUUGAUUCUUUCCAACAUCCUCCGUAUUCCCUCUGCUGAGGGCAGGUCCAAAGCCUUCAGCACAUGUGGCUCCCACAUAAUUGUGGUUGCUCUGUUUUUUGGGUCAGGGGCAUUCACCUAUUCAACAACUUAUUUUCCUGGAUCUAUGCACGAUGGUAAAUUUGCCUCAGUUUUCUACACCAAUGUGGUUCCUAUGCUUAACCCUUUGAUCUACAGUUUGAGGAAUAAGGAUGUUAAGCUUGCCCUGGGUAAAACCCUGAAGAGAGUGCUCUUCUGA